UUUCUGAACACCCUGAUGAACGCAUGUCUCUGCUGCCGGCGCUGCAGGGCUUACCCCGCCUCCACCAUCCAGCUCGUUUCUCGCAGCUCUUCCACUUCAUCAGCUGCUGGCUCUUUAACCCAGCUGAUGGUCCCAGAGCCCCGGGGGCCCCGGCCUGCGCUUCUCACUACUGGGGGGCCACUCUGCGUCAGAGGCUGAGUGCCAUCGAGGGCGCUGGGGCGGAGAGCAGGCCUGGAGCUGGCUGCUGACUGCCAACCUGGGGACACAUCCUCCAGGCAACCACGCUCCUGACCAUGAACAAGUACAGCCUGCAGGACGUGAAGGCGGUGGUGAACAGCUGCUUCAGACUCAACUCUCUGCAGCUGCACACCUUACUGUCAGGAUACCUGUACGCCAACAACGAGCCCCACAUCCCCCCCGAGGUGGUGGAAGCCGUGGUGUUGCUGUCUGGGUCCACAGCGGAUCAGCUGAUCCUGAGCGAGGGUCGGGAGGUGUUUCUGCAGGAGAGUCUGGACCUGCAGCUUCCCUUCCUGCUGCCUGAGGGGGGGUACAGCUGCUCCUCCAUCACAGGGACCCCUGCUGGGCUGAGGGACUUCCUGGAGCCCAUCUGCAGGACAGGUCUGUGCUGUUUAACGUCUCAGCCGAACUCCAGAGGAGACUGGACCGUGUUCUUCAGUGAAACAGAUUCCUCUGCAGAGAGCACAUACAUGGUCGUCCACAGAGAGCCGGAGGUGGAGACGAUCACUCUGAAGAAACCUCUCAACAGCGGGAUGGGGGUCAGCAUCGUGGCUGCUAAGGUGACCGCAUCAAACUCUGAAAUAUUAGAGAGGACAUAA